CACACACGGGCGCGCGCCAUCGUGCGUGACGUCAUCGCGGCGAAGCCGUGGAGAGAAGAAGACGCUCCUCUGAGACGCGACUCUUCGGUUCGGCGGCGGGGCGGAAACACGCGAGUCUCCCACGGUCCACCGGGAGAGAAACGGGACCUUUUUUUGUUGUUGUUGUUGUUGUUGUUUAGUGCAGCUGCCGGGAAGAAGUCACAUGGAUUUACUCAACACUUCCGCCAUUUUCGGGUCGACGCAGGACGCUUAAAAAAAACAAGUUUCGACGCUCCCCUCUAUGAUCCCCUUCCCCCAUUGGCUGCUGUUCCCCAGAGGGCGGGGCGAAGUAUGGGGUAAGAGCGCCGAGAGGACCCACCAGGACGACACGAGGCUGAGGAGGCCGUCCAAACUGAAGGGGACACACGCAGACGUCCUCUUACAUUUAACAACAGUCCGCUCUGUUUUGGAACAAAAAGCGCGUAUCUAAGAGCAUCUACAGCAUCUACAGCAUCUACAGCAUCUGCUCCACGUCUGUACCUCUUUCUUGGCAUCAUGACGAAGCAGUUAUUCAGGUGGUGACGGCUGCAGCACCCUGCCAUGGCGCGGAGGAGGCCCAAGCUUGUUGUGACGGUGAUCAUGAUGGUCAACGUCUUCAUCUUCAUCAUCAUCUCCCGUCACAACAGCCAGGACAAGAGCGGCCUUCACAAGGUCCACAUCCCGUCCCAGCGCUUCUGGUCCAAGCUGGAGCCCAGUCCGGCCUACUGCAACCGCCAGCAGCAGAUCCUGGACUUCCAGAGCAAUCUGGUCCUGACUAAUAACUACAACGCCACGGAGGUGCCCGCCUGGCUCAACGAGACCAUCGUGAGCUUCGACAGCUGCACCCCCAACCACAAGGUGGCGACCCACGUGAAGGACUACAACUCGCUGCCCGGCCGCUUCAAGGACUUCCUGAUCUUCAUGCACUGCCGGUCGUACCCGAUCAUGGUGGACCAGCCCGAGGUCUGCAAGGAGCCGCCGUUCCUCCUCCUGGCCGUCAAGUCCCUGGAGCCGCAUUUCGACCGGCGCCAGGCCAUCCGCGAGUCCUGGGGGCGAGCGGGCGUCAUAGCCAACCGGACCGUGGUCACCGUCUUCCUCCUCGGCAACACCACGGCCGGCGACCACCACCCGGACCUGUCCGGCAUCCUGCGCUAUGAGCGCGACCGCCACAAGGACAUCAUCCAGUGGGGCUACCGGGACUCCUUCUUCAACCUGACCGUCAAGGAGGUCCUGUUCCUGGAGUGGAUCCAGAACCGCUGCGCCGGAGCGCGCUUCAUCUUCAAGGGAGACGACGACGUCUUCGUCAACACGCUCCGCAUCCUGGACUUCCUCGGGGGCCUCUCGGAGCCCAGAGCCAGGGACCUGUUCGUGGGCGACGUGAUCACCAACGCCGGGCCGCACCGGGACAAGAAGCUGAAGUACUUUGUCCCGGAGAGCAUGUACGUCGGGGUGUACCCGCCCUACGCGGGCGGCGGCGGCUACCUUUACUCUGGCGACCUCGCCGCUCGCCUUCACAACGCGUCGCGGCAGGUGGCGCUCUACCCCAUAGACGACGUCUACACGGGGAUGUGUCUCAAGAAGCUGGGGCUGGCCCCCGAGAAGCACAAGGGCUUCAGGACCUUCAACAUAGAGGAGAAGUACAGGUCCAACCCCUGCGCCUACAAGAAACUGAUGCUCGUCCACCCGAGGACGCCGCAGGAGAUGAUCCAGAUCUGGAAGUGGCUCAACGGCACCGAUCUGAAGUGCCAGUGACGGCUCCCCAGGGGGCGGCGACCCGAGAGCCCGCAGCUUAGUUGAGAUGUUUUUGUAACGUCACAUGGACGCGCCGUACCUUAAGAAGCGAGGACCGAUGUCAACGUGACCGCCAUAGUAUUUCUGAACCCACGUCAGACCCUUUGCCACGUGUUCCCCCCCCCCCGCACAUAUUUAUAUCACAACUAUUUAUAUGGCCUUCGUGUGUGUGCACGUGUGUGUGUGCGCGUGUGUGCACGUGUGUGUGCGUGUGUGCACGUGUGUGUGUGUGUGUGUGUGUGUGUGUGUGUGUGUGUGUGUGUGUGUGUGUGUGUGUGUGUGUGUGUGUGUGUGUGUGUGUGUGUGUGUGUGUGUGUGUGUGUGUGUGUGUCACACAAUGCUGUAUUGUAGACUAGAGAGAUGAGGACCUGGGAUUUGGCCACCUGAGAGUCUCUGGGUGUCAGGUGACACAGACCCCGGGUCAGCUGAUUGAAACAUUUCAGGACUUUGUUCACGCCGCUGGUUUUACUCAUCUCCAUGGCAACCGUAAUCGAGCCAUCACUGAUGGAGUAAAUCACCCCUGCUGCUGCUUCCUACCUGUUGAGGUCUCACAUAUCGGGUCACGCUGCAGAGAGAACGUGUCUCUUCUCUCGCACAGAACUUUUCAAAUCCUUAUUUCCAGAAUGAGAGCUGCAUCACUUAAAUCGGUGCUAGGCUUCGCUAGGCCCCUUGUUUGUUUAUUAGUGUCACAUCAUUAUCCUUUGUUUGUUUGUAAUUUACUCCCCUGCAGAAUCUGCCUUUUUGUCUGGUGCGAACGCGUCGUUAUUGUUGCCAGAUGUGGCGUUGGAGGAGCUCCCCGGUGAGCACGUGUUGCUGGAGGCUCGGUUUGUGCUGCUGGUCCCGUCCACACUCUAAAGUAUUCCCUCGACCUUUGACCCGCUCCCCUCCUCCCGGGCCGGUGCAGGCGGAGCGGAGUGUGUGCAGCUCAGCCGGUCUGGGCCCGUUUCUCGCCGACGGCUUCCAGAGACCCUUCUGUACCGUGUGGACGUGUUGAUGCUGUUAGAUGUUGCCUUGGUGUCACCGAGUUACCGGAGCUCUUGUUCUGCUUCAUUCCAAAAUGUUACGGAGGACUUUGCUCCUCAGCGGCUUUCAGCUUUAAAGUGUCUUGGUAUUAUGUCACAGUCGUUUGGUUUUUAGUCCUUUUUACUCGCUUUGUGAGAAUUGCUGCUGGUAUUAUUUACUUUUCCUUCACGGCGUGUGAGACGUGCCUUGAGGUUUUUCUUCUUGUGAUCUCCAUGGAGACGGUUUGCUCCCUUUAGAACAAGUCCUGAGAAGGCCUCUGUUGGAGCUCCCCCUGCUGGUCAGAAUGAGGAUCUCUGUCCUCAGCCUAAACUCUUCUAACCGCCCUGUUUUGUUACUAUAAUGUGAUUAUGCCUUUUUUUCUUUUGGUGGUUAUUUUUAUUUUUCACAAGAAGUCAAAGAAAGUUAAAGACAAUCACAACCAGGUUCUUAGAGGUCAAGUGUUUUUCUUCUCUCAGCUACAUGUGAAACAAACGCUAAAGCAGAAUCCUUCUCGUACCAAUGAGCGGUGGCUCACUGUUCAUCACUUGAAUUAUGUUUACAUGCUUUUAAAAAUACACUUUUCAUGCAGAAGCAUCUGAUUGGCUGUGGAUGCCUUUUUCUGGCAUUUCUGUCUCGCCUCGAAUGUUGGACUCUGAAGACUCGUCCCUCACUUUCUUUUUGUAGUCGUGCUCCACAAGCUUUCAUGUCAUUGUGUCCUUUUGUUCACACGUUGUUACUCGGAGGCCCAACAGGAAACUCGUUGCCGUAGAAACGCAUCAUGUUACCCGUGAAAUGUAUUUAUCAUGAUACAUCAGUUUGGGCAUUUAAUCUUAGUCAAAGAAAUAAAAUGAUCACGUUCACGAGCCUUUAACUCAUAUUUACAAGUGUUACAGAAUCAUUUAGAUCAUUUAGAAUUUCUAUUCGUCUCAUCUGCACUAUUCAGUCAAUUCCCAAAUGUGUGCCUGACGUCUUCUUAAGAAUACCAAGGAUGACUUGAUUUCAGUAGUUAUAUUUUGCUGUUUUUUGUAUGUAUUCUGUUCUAUGCAUUUUUAUUGUAAUAAAUUAUGUGAAGUAAA